UAUAAAUACAUAACAAUAAACUAUGGAAAUUAUGUUGAAAGUAAUUAUUGUUUGACCUAAAUGAGAAUGAUAAUUUGCGCAGACCUGAGACCUUUGGACCCGGACGAGCUGGCAUUCAGACGACGAGCGCUCAGAGACGCUGUUAUAUGCAUAGGAUGGAUCAAACUCAUAUCAACAAUAUGUUACAUAAUAUUAUACUUUCUCGUGGCAGCAAAUAGCAAGGGGCGUAUGUCUGAAGUUAUACAAAUAAUGAUUCUUGCAAUUAUACCCCCGUUAGUACUUAAUGGAGUUCUGCUGUUUCUAGGCGCUUUGGAGGAAAAGCCGAUAGCCCUAGAAGUGGCGCUUUGGCUGUGCCUGAUCGUCGCGUCAUAUAAUACGGUGCUCGGCGUCACCGGCGGCGUCUACUUCAUUCGGACCGGUCAUUUUACUAUGCAUUUCAUGUUAGCGGUUGUUUUUGGAAUGCUGGCUCUUUCUUUGUGCACCGUCAUAUGCCACGACGUUCUAAUAAUUUUCUCCUAUAAAAGGCUCCUGCAGUCCUUAUGACAUACUCAGAUGUUUGAAAUCCUUUCAUAUGUGCUAAAUAAACAUU